UGAUUGUUUCCAUAUACAUAAUGAGGAACGAAUGCAGUGGUCAUGGAUAUAAUUAAUAUAGAGGAUGUGGAAGCUGGUGUUCGUUCAUCAAAGAAUUCUACAUCAAUACAAUACAAUUGUAUAAACUCAAAUUCAAUAUGUUACAUUUUUGUGACUAUUGCUACAUUAGCUUUAUUGGGUGCAAUAGUCUUCAUCUGCAGAGACUACAUCAAAGUGCUACUUUAUUGGAUUGAACAUCAGAAUAUGUGGAUUGUUACCAUAAUAUUUAUUGCUCUGUUCACUGUGGUUUCAUUUCCUAUUAUAAUUGGUUAUUUAUUCCUUAUCAUUGCUAGUGGCUACCUCUUUGGUAUUAUAAGAGGCAUCAUGAUGGUAGUAUUGUCUGCUAAUUUAGGAAUAGCCAUAGCACAUGUUACUCUUAGUGUAUUGUCAUCAAAAUUGCCAAUUGGGGCACUUUUGCAAAAUGACACUGCAAGAGCAAUACUUAGAGUUAUAUCUGGACCACAGACUUUCAAAGUCGUGUUAUUUGCGAGAUUAACUCCUAUCCCUUUUGGUCUGCAAAACACUAUUUUUGCAGUAAGUAACAUGGGUGGCAUUCAGUACCAUAUAGCUAGUGCAUUGGGUUUACUACCUGCCCAAAUUAUUAAUAUUUAUUUGGGUAGUAGUCUACGAUCCAUGCAAGAUGUUCUUGAGGAUAGAUCAACAGCAGCAACUGGUUAUAUUGUUUUCUGUUUUCAGAUACUAAUCGGUAUUUCAUUAAUGGUGUAUGUUGUGCAGAAGGCACGAAGAGAACUUCAGUUGGCAUUAUUGGAAGCAGAUCUAGCCUCAAUGGCUGAGUCCUCCCAUUAUCUUCUGGAUACAUUACCAGACUCUAAAAUAGCCUUGACGAAUCUAAUUGCCUAAGAUUUGUAUAAAAGUUUUACUUCUUCAGUGGGU